CGAUGACCUCCACCAACCCCGCCACCGCCGAGGCUUCUGGCCUCAAAGCCACUGAUGAAGCUCCCGCUCCCGCAACCACCACCUCACCAACCACCACCUCCACCACCACCACCGAGUCUGGCGCCGCACCAACGGCAACCGAAGAAGCUGCGUCCGAAUCAACUGUCCCGGCCGCGACCCCACCCGCAACCUCCUCCACGGCGACAUCCACGGCGACAUACACGGCGACCUCCAUGGCGACCGCAACACCCACCACUGAGGCUGGAUCCGAAGCUGUGCGUCCUCCUGUGUCGUCUCCCGCGACGCCCGCACGCCCGUCCACAGCUACGGCCGUAAGAAGUUCACCGCGUCCGAUUGUGCUCGACUCCCCGACUCCGCAACAGCAGAUGGCGCUGCAGCUGCUGCACUCUAGCCUCCUGGAGGAACCCCGUCGCUCCCGCGCCCUCGCAGCUGUGCUCGCCCUCCCUGACGCCCGCCACUUGGAAUUUCGCGCCCUCGACUCCUCCGACCCGCCGAACCUCGCGAGGAUGCAGAACCUCGAGGCGGCCGUAGGGUUUACGGUCGGCGAGCUUGUCCAGCCGCCGUGUACCGACUGCGCGGCCGGAUACGGCCAGUUUGCGGGUUGUGUCCGGGCGGAGGGGCUCCUCCAUGGGAGCUGCACCAACUGCCACUUCGGUGGCGAAGGCGCGCGCUGCUCGCUCCGUGCCUCUGCGGUCCCCUUGGCGCCCGUUACGGGUAGUCCUUCAGGACGUUCAGGUCUACGUGCCCGGCGCCCUGCUGCAUCGGCCGCCUCAUGCGCCACCGAGGCGCUUACGGGUGGGGUGGGCCGUGGCCUAAAGCGGCCCCCCCCCCAGCUGAAAGAUCUGCGCUCGUUCCGCCGCGCCCGCACGUCGUCGCCCGCUCACGCUGCCGCCUCCCGCGCGCCUCCCACCCGCCGCCCUGACGACCCCUACUAUGUUGGGAAUGAGGAGGACCCCACCCACACCCUCCAUGCCUGGAUCGAGCGUUUCCGGGCCGCAAGCCCGGCCUCCCGUAGGAGGCUCCGCCUGGGGCACACCCUUGCCGGGGUGGCGAUGGAUUUCGUCACCUCUACGGAGGCUGCCCCUCGCGGGACCUUCUAUACGGAGGUCGUGGUAGGGCCAAGGUCGGAGGAGGAGGAGGAUGGAGAGGGAUAGGGAGGGGAGGAGGGUGAGGAGGAGGCCUAAGGGCCGUAUAUUCAUGUAAAGUAGUGUAGAAUAGUAAUUGACACGCCUACGGGCAAUGAACCUUG